GUGCUUCGCCUUUUAUGAUUCUCACACGGCUGACCUGUCUGCAGUCUGAAUUGCGUGUCGCUCUCGUUGAAACGCCAGUUGCUGGAUUACGUGAAUAGAUACCGACAGGGCAAACUGUCAACAGGUAGUCAUCCGCAUCAUCCUGAACUGGGAGUAGUUUUGAGAAUCAAUGAAAUUUACCUUCAGCAGCAUGGCUGAGAACAUCUUAAUUGCCAUGCGAUAUUCUGUGACCGUUUGCGGUGCAGUCGCCGUGGUCGAGAAUCUUCUAGCGAUGGCAGUUUUUGCUAGAACGAAGAAUCUUCGCAUGAAAUACUUCGCAUUCAUCUUCAACCUGGCCAUGGCUGACUUUCUGUUCGGAUUGUUUAUUAUACUGGUUAUCUGGAUCGACUCGCCAAUUCUUCAGAGCAUUCUCACUGCAAGCUAUUCCGUGUCAAUACUGACUAUUUUGGCUGCGGCUGUCAACCGUUACUUAGCCCUGUCUAUUAUGCCACCUGCCCGUUACGACUCACUAGUGACUGGAUAUCGCUUGCUCGGAGUGUGUUUCUUGUUUUGGUGUUUUGGUCUGAUAUACGGUUUUUUGCUGCAUUACGCUUAUGACCAUGAAACUUUUUUCACGGUGGAAACAUUUGGAUACUCUGUGGGAGUAUUCAUUGCAUGGGUUUUCACUGCAUUAACUUACUUUUUGGCUUUUCGUAAAAUCAAACAGUAUACCCCACCACUCGCGUCUAUCGCCGGUGUCAGCUCCGAUAAGGAGCGAGACUACACCCGAGUAAAACAGACUCGUCGUUUGUUGAUUGUUUUCGUUCUCAUUCUUGUUACGUCAUUCUUUUCAUGGUUGCCGUAUGCCGUUUUUUCGCUGAUUGCCUACUUCAACCGCUCCCUUUUAUCUAAUGAAAUCUUUUCGGCGUGUUUUGAAAUUUGUGUCCUGUUGUAUGCGCUCUCUACUCUGAUAAAUCCAUUGAUCUACUGGUGGCGAUUGGACGAUUUUAGGGCAGGUUUCUAUGAAAUCUUCUGUCGCUGUCGCAUUAAGGCAGAAUCGAGAGAAACUGAAGUUGAACAGAUUGUAGGCCUAUAUGAUAAUACAGCUGACGAAACAGGCUUGUGAAUAACAUAGGCCCAAUGGGAGGUAUAAGACGAAUUGCAUGGGCCCCAUAUAAAGUAACACUGUCGAGUUAUCUUGUCUUUACGGUAAUAAUAUACUUGUUCAUUUUGCGGUUGUUUGGUGAUGCAUAUUUGACCUGAAGGAAACGAAUUAUCAUUGCUAAAAUUUAAAAAUAAUAUUUGUAAGUUCACCACAAACUUUAUGGAUGAAUUUUGCGAUUGGGAUUUUGUAAAGUGGGAAGCGGAUAUUUCGUUGCGGAAUUCUGAGAGCUUACUUGCACGUGCAUGAAAUAUCGGGGAAUCUUUAUUUAGAAUUAGAAGAAAACUUUUGCUCUUGAAUACCGCAGAACCGACAGGAACUUGAAAGUUGGACAGAUUUUAUAAUGAGAAUACGGCUGCCCAUAAAAACAGGCUUCCAAAUUUGUGUCCUUGCAUGGGACAUAACACUUUGAAAAUUAGUUUCCUCUUUUUAAAGUUAACGUUGCCUGUUCAUUGUGGGGUUGUUUGGUGAUUAAACUUUUAAAAUAAAGAAAGUAGAUUUUUACAGCCAAAAUUCAACGUUACUGUAGCAAAGCAAUUGUAAAAUUAACCGUUUGGAUUUAUUAGGUGAUCGGAUUCUUUAAAUAGGGAAGCAAACUUUUAUUUCCUAAUUCAAAGAUUACGUACGAAUUGGAAAUUUAUCGUGGAACAGUAAAAUUUAAGAAAAACGUUUUGGCCGUGAAUAUGUGGAAUUUUCUUAGUGUGUGUUAUAGCCAGCUUUAUCGUACGUAUGACUUACCCUUGGUCUUUUUCAAAAGAGGGAAAUUCUAAACUUCAUAUUAUUCCCUUUUCACUGAGUUUAUGUUCCCCGAACCUGUCAGUCUACUACAACCAAACAGGUCCAACCUUUCAUAAAUACAUGUACUGAUAUCCAGCUAGAUCGAGCUUUUAAUCUAUUUAUACAACGGGUACUUAUGAAUAAAAGCUAGCAUUUGCUUUUAGUACCAAUUGUUAAUCUUUUCCUCUUCGUUGUAUGAAUUACAAAACAAAUGCCUUUACUAGAAUACAUGUACUAAAAGUAACAGUAUUUACUCUCUACGUUUUAGCUUUUGCUAGACAAUUUUGUUUCAUUUUGUGUAGAUUAAAAGGAGUUGAAGGAAUAUUUGCUAGUAAUUUUUCACGAUUUUAACGGGGCAACUUAAGAAAGGAAAAGUAAAUAUCAAUGUAUAAAAAGGCAGCGUUUAUGAAUGUCACUCGGAAGGAAAAGGUAUGUGCCCUUGGGAGAGAGUGCCCAGAAUCAAAAUACAAACAAUUUUAAACUUGAUUUCACUAUUAGACGAGUCAAGUGUGUAAAAUGGCUGUACAAAAAGAGUGUAAUAAUUUUGUUACCUUUUACUCCAUGAUAACUGAAGAGUUUUGUGAUUGCAUCAUGUCUAGAAGCACUUUUUCCACUCUUUUAACUUGAAUUUUUUGGGGGAUAACAUUUGACUUCACUCUAACUGUAUUUUUCAUGUUGUUGAGCUUUUUCAUUAGUUACUCGUCGCGCGCAGACACUCAACCGCCCUCUGCUUAAGUGCACGUUCCUUUUCAGCUUUUGUUAGGUAAAUGUUACUUCGUCAGUAUUAAAAGCUUGUUGCUGAAAUCCCUUUGCUUGCAUUCUGUGUGGCAGAGAAAUUUUUUUCACCAAGCAGGUUUUCUGGAUCGGAAUUUUUGCCAACAUGCAUAUCCGCACAGCUGUGUGUGUCUGCACGUACAGACAAUA